ACAGCAGUUGCUUAUGUGCUGAUUAUAUUUUAUUGUUUUAUUUCUAUUUGUCCUAAACUGACCUGGAACGAUACAGUCAAAAUUAUGCACAUUUUUCUUUUUCAGGAUGUCAAAUGACAAAGUUUUUUUGUUUUAUCUUAAAACUUUGACCAUUUUCAACAUCAUGUCAUAAUAUAAUGUACUUGACUUCGAUUUCUUUUACUUGUUGAGGGGUGUUCUUGAUAAAUGUUAAGAUGGUUUUUCGGAUAGUCAAUUGAUUUCAAUGGUAAUAUCAAGUCAUGUGUUCAUGUAUGUACAACAAUGUGUGUAUGUGUGUGAUAAUUUCAAAGUAGUUAACUGAUUUCAGAGAAUGUAUGAACCAAAACUGUUUUUUUUUCUUUAUGUUUAGUUAUAUGAACUACCAAAAGAAGUUUCCUUUGCGCAGUUAUAACUAUAUCACAAUAAUAAUUCUCAAGUUAUCUCCCUGCCUAUUCCUUUGACGAACAUAUGCACAGACACAUCCAUACAAAUGAUGCAAUAAGUGAAUACAAAAAUUGAUUGGGUGCCUUAAAAAUUCUGGUAUCUAUUGUCUACUGUUAGAAGGGAAAAGUAACCAUUCAAUAAUUAUCCACCCACAAACAUGCACAAGUGAUGUGUUUAUUCACAUUACUAUGUUUGUACUGCACCCAUUGGUAUAAGUGGGUGCAAAAUCCAAUAGAGUUGGUUUAACUUAUUGCCUCAUCGAUUUUAGGCGAAUAAGCGUAUUGAGUGCGUCUGUUGUUUGUUAGGAGUUUGUGCUAGCUAAGCAUGCACGCUCGCUCGCACGGACGCACGCACGCACGCACAAAACUGAUACACACAAAGAUCUAUAUGUGUUAGCUUCUAUUUUGACUUCUUUUCAUCUAUUCGUUUGUUAACAUUACAAAUCAAGGCAAUAGAACAAACAUUUCAGCAUUCGUUUGAAGGGUACUAUCUUAUAAUUUCAUUGAAAACAAAAUACUGAUAGUUUGAGAUAACAGUAAUAACAAAAGGAACAAAUCUACUUUCGUGUUAUUGAUUUUAUUGAAAGUAUGGAGACAGCAUUCUCUAAAACAGUUGAAGAAGUUCUGACCUAUUUCGACUCUGAUCCAGAAAAUGGUCUCAGUGAUGAUCAGGUUAAGAAACAAACUGCAAAAUUUGGUCCUAAUGAACUUCCUGCCGAAGAAAGUAAGGCAAUUUGGCAGCUUGUUCUUGAACAAUUCGACGAUUUACUGGUGAAGAUUUUACUACUGGCCGCUAUCAUUUCAUUUGUUCUCGCUUUAUUUGAAGAGAGUGAAGAAAGCAUUAGUGCAUUUGUUGAACCACUUGUAAUCUUGCUUAUCUUGGUUGCUAAUGCCGUCAUUGGUGUAUGGCAGGAACGUAAUGCUGAGUCAGCUAUUGAGGCACUGAAAGAGUAUGAGCCGGAAAUAGCUAAAGUAUUCCGGAAAAGUCACUAUGGUAUUCAAAGAAUUAAAGCAAGGGAGCUGGUUCCUGGUGAUAUUGUUGAAGUAUCAGUUGGGGAUAAAGUGCCUGCAGAUCUAAGAAUAAUCAAGAUUAUGAGUACAACUCUAAGAAUAGAUCAAUCCAUUCUAACUGGUGAAUCAGUGUCCGUUAUCAAAUUUACUGAUCCUGUACCAGAUCCAAGAGCUGUUAAUCAAGACAAAAAGAAUAUUCUCUUCAGUGGAACCAAUGUUGCCUCUGGUAAGGCUAAAGGCAUUGUUGUUUCAACCGGAUUAAUGACUGAAAUUGGUAAAAUUCGUAAUCAAAUGAUGGAUACGGAACAGGAUAAAACACCGUUACAACAAAAAUUAGAUGAAUUCGGACAACAAUUAUCAAAAGUCAUCUCUAUUAUAUGCGUCGCUGUAUGGGCUAUCAAUAUUGGUCACUUCAAUGAUCCAGCACAUGGAGGUUCAUGGUUAAAAGGAGCUAUUUAUUAUUUUAAAAUUGCUGUUGCAUUGGCAGUUGCUGCUAUCCCUGAAGGUUUACCAGCAGUUAUAACUACAUGCUUAGCAUUGGGUACACGUCGAAUGGCGGCUAAAAAUGCAAUUGUGCGUUCACUACCAUCAGUUGAAACACUAGGUUGUACCAGUGUAAUUUGUUCAGACAAAACAGGCACACUAACAACGAAUCAAAUGAGUGUUUGUAGAAUGUUCACAUUUUCAAAAGCUGAUGAUAAGUCCGCCGAAUUAAAUCAUUUUGAAAUAACUGGAUCUAAAUAUGCACCAGAAGGUGAAGUAUUUUUAAAUGGUCAAAAAAUUGAAUGUGGAGAAUAUGAAGGUCUUGUCGAAUUAGCGCAUAUUUGUGCCAUGUGCAAUGACUCGGCUAUUGAUUAUAAUGAAAGUAAACAUGUCUAUGAAAAAGUCGGUGAAGCUACAGAGACUGCAUUGAGCUGUUUAGUUGAAAAAAUGAAUGUAUACAAGACAUCGAAGUCAGGCUUAUCGAAGAAGGAUUUAAGCAUGGUGUGCAAUCAUCAAAUCCAGGGCAUGUGGAAUAAAGAGUUUACUUUGGAGUUUUCACGUGAUCGAAAAUCUAUGUCUGUCUACUUACAAGCUAAACCGACAUUUACAUCUAAAAUCCCAAAUACUUCGGGUUCAGGAGAAACAGGCCCUAGAAUGUUUGUUAAAGGUGCUCCUGAAGGUGUAUUGGACAGGUGUACAUUUGUACGUGUUGGUAAUAAGAAAGUUCCUAUGACACCGAUUUUGAAAGCUGAAAUUGUCAAAAAUGUAGCAGCCUAUGGAACUGGUCGUGACACACUUAGGUGUUUGGCCUUAGCAACAUGUGAUCAACCGGUUAACAAAGCGCAAAUGGAUUUAGAAGAUGCAGCUAAAUUCGUUAGAUAUGAACAAAAUUUAACAUUUGUCGGAGUGGUUGGUAUGUUGGAUCCACCUCGUAUGGAAGUAUUCGACAGUAUCGCUAGAUGCCGUAAAUCUGGUAUUCGUGUUAUUAUGAUAACUGGUGAUAAUAAGGCGACAGCUGAAGCUAUUUGUCGCCGUAUUGGUAUUUUUGGAGAAGAUGAACCAACAAGUGGAAAAUCGUUCACUGGACGUGAAUUCGAUUCACUGCCUAUUGAAGAACAACGAGAAGCAUGUAGACGAGCGAAACUGUUCGCACGUGUUGAGCCUAUGCAUAAGAGUAAGAUUGUUGAGUUCCUUCAGGAGGAUGGUGAAGUAUCUGCCAUGACUGGAGAUGGUGUUAAUGAUGCACCAGCACUCAAGAAGGCAGAAAUCGGGAUUGCUAUGGGAAGUGGUACAGCUGUAGCUAAAUCAGCAGCUGAUAUGGUAUUGGCUGAUGAUAAUUUCAAUUCAAUUGUGCUGGCUGUUGAAGAAGGACGAGCUAUUUAUAACAAUAUGAAACAAUUUAUUCGCUAUUUAAUUUCAUCAAAUAUUGGUGAAGUUGUCAGUAUCUUUCUUACUGCUGCUCUGGGUCUACCUGAAGCUUUGAUUCCAGUACAACUUUUAUGGGUCAACUUAGUAACUGACGGGUUACCAGCUACUGCAUUAGGCUUCAAUCCCCCUGAUUUGGACAUUAUGGAUCGUCCACCAAGAAAUAUUAAAGAUCCUUUAAUUUCUGGGUGGUUAUUCUUCCGUUAUGUUGCUAUUGGUGUCUACGUUGGAUGUGCUACGGUUGGAGCUGCUGCCUGGUGGUUCAGUCUUUAUGCUAAAGGACCACAACUUAACUACUAUCAACUGACGCAUCACAUGCAAUGUUUGGCAGAAAAAGAAAACUUCCAUGGAAUUGACUGUCAUAUUUUUGAAAAUCCCAAACCAAUGACUAUGGCAUUAUCUGUUCUAGUACUCAUUGAAAUGUUUAACGCUUUAAACAGUCUAUCGGAAAAUCAAUCGUUGAUCUCUAUGCCACCAUGGGUAAAUAUUUGGCUUAUUCUUGCAAUGGUUGUCAGUAUGUCGUUGCACUUCUUGAUUUUGGAGGUUGAAUUCCUUUCGAAAGUCUUCCAAAUCACUCCAUUAUCAUUGGAGGAAUGGUUUAUGGUGAUGAAGAUCUCAAUACCAGUCAUAUUUAUAGAUGAAGCGCUCAAACUGAUUGCCAGAAGGUUUGCAGAUGUCCCUGUCAAUGUCGGUGAGAUGAAAUAAUCUGCUUACUUCAAAAGAAACCUUUUUCAGUAUUGAAAUCGUCCUUCUGGAUAUUGCUUGGACGAUGUAUCCCACUUCCCUUGUGUGUGUGUGUGAGUGUAUGUUUCCCUCUCCUCAAAGUUCAAUUUCAAAGUACUUCAUAAAGUUUUAUUUCUGCCAUUCUUUCUUACUGAGAUCGAUUCUGUCCUUCUAAUUCUUCUUUUUCUUUUCUUUCAUUUAACCCGCCUAACUAAUCAUGUACGGACUUUCAAGUAUUACACAGCACUUGUCUUUUAGUCGAAUCAAUCAAUUCACUUAUUGUUUUAAUCCAUCAUGAUUCUAGUGUGUAAUGAACACUUAAAUUGCAUUAAAAAUAUACAGAUCAAAAUGAUUAGCAUGUUUUAAUUUCUUUAGAUUCCCCUUUGUUUAUCUGGUAGAUUAUGAUUAUACUCAAGGAGUUACAUCAACUGUUUUAUUGUUGAAUAUCCAGCUCACUAUUCUGUCUACCUUUCAAAAAUUUAGAUAUCUUCCAUCCUUUUCUAAAUAUAUAUAUAUAUAUAUAUAUAUAUAUAUAUACAUAAACAUACAUAUUAGAAUUAUUCACUUAUGAAAACCUGUUACACAAGGAAGAAAGUCACAUCUACCUAUUAUUAUUAUUAUUAUUAGUUCAUGUAUUAUUGUGUUAUUACAUGUUUGUGCAGUUUGAGCAUAGAGAAAACCCAACUCUCCUUUUUUUUGUUUUAUUUAAGUAGCUCAAUCAUUUUUCCCUGAAUUUUUUCUUAUUUUCGAAUUGUCAAUACAUUCAUUCUCGUAUUUGUUGUUUUCUCUUUUGAUUUUGUUUCCUUUACGAGAAUGUAUCUUUUAUUUUCAAAAUGAAUAUGAUGAAUGUAACCUUUUUUCGUUUGUUGUUAGAUUUAGAAUAAUUUAUUUCUUUAUUAAUUUGAUAGUAGCCGAUGAUGGGACAGACAGUAUUUCAAUGUAAUGAAAACUUUGAGAAAAGAGGUUUAAUUUUCAUUCUCUUUUCAUAGAGUGUUUUAACUAAUUUAUUUAGUCUUUUCCUUCCAACUUCUUUUUAACUUGUCUUCAUAAAGAUCAUGAGCCACCACCAAAAAAAAUAAUUCUUUUUUUUCACACAUAUAUUUAUAUAUAAACUGUUUUCUCACUAUGGUGCAGUUAGAUUAAUCAUCGUAGAUAAUUAAUAAUCAGAGUACGCAUGGAUUGAAACCAAUAUAUUCAUAUAAAGGUUCUUUCUAUGGAAAAUAGCUUUAGUUGUCAGAUAAAUGAUAACUAUCAGUAUGUUCCACAAUCUUAAACUCAUUUCUUUGAAUAUAUAUAUUAAAUUCUUGUGUAGAAUAUUGAGAUGCA